CAGUUGAUUUCAAGCAUUGAUUUAAAAAUUACGUUACUGUGGAAGACGCUGUCGCUGGGUUCAAUUUUGAUGCACUUGAACACUACCAUCAUGUGGAAUUCUGCAUUUCUCCUCUGUUUGGUCCUGGCUUUAAAUGGCAGUGGGGUAAAGUCAGACGAUGUUCAACUUGGUCGGAGAUGCCCCUCUACCUGGCAAAAAUUUGGAACACAGUGUUAUAAAUUUUUCAAAGAACAGAAAACAUGGGCAGAAGCAGAGAAAAAGUGCAUUGAGAUUGGCGGACACCUUGCAUCUAUCCACAGUUCACUUGCUCACAAAAAUCUGAAAAAUUUUGUGAAAAACGAAGGUGGUGCUCUGACUCAGACCUGGAUUGGUGGUCAUGAUGCAACUCAGGAGUUUAUUUGGUUUUGGAGUGAUGGAUCAAGGUUUGAGUACAAUGACUGGCACAAUGGUGAGCCAAAUAAUGGAGAAGGGGCCGAAAGAUGUGUGGAGAUGGGUUAUGGAGAUGAACAGCUUUGGAACGAUGCUCGCUGCAGCAACAAUCAACCAUUUCUUUGUCAGAGAUCAGCCAGGAUUGGCUUUGACUGAAAAAUCUAACAAAACUCUUUAAAAUGGUACUUAGAUAUUGCUGAAAGUAACAGACAUGCUUUUGAAAUGUAAUAUUCAUCUUUGCAAAAAAUAAAGUGCAAGUUAAAAAUGUACAAUUUU